AUGCCGCUCUCCAACUACCUCGUUCAGGCGUCCAUCGCGGCUCUGUUGGUUAUCUUUGGGAUCCAGAUGCAGACAACGGCUGCCCAAGCUACACCUCUCACUUGCACGAAUGUCGACCAGCCGAACCCCAUCUUCAGCCAGUACCCGAAUAAUGCCACCGGCCUCUUGAACGUCACCAUGGUCAUCAUCCCGAUCCCCAUGACGACGGCACGCCAAAUCAUCCCGCAGCAGUAUGGCAUUCUCGAGGGCGCAUAUCGAGCUCUCAUGCCAAACUUCCCCGCCGACAUGUACCCCGUUGUCGUCCAGGCCGGCCACGAUCACGACAUUCGGUUCCAGGACUUUGGAAUUCCAGACUUCAGUAAAUCUGGCUUUGAGUUUCCUUUCUUGGAUCUCCUUGGCGACGGCAAAUCGUCCUUUCGAUGGGCACCCGAGCAACUGAUUUCGGCUACCAACCCCGCUGCCGUCACCGGCUCCCAGGCGUACGGCACCGAAGUCCACGCCGCCACCUUUGCCCCUGACUGCAACGCAUACUCGGCCACCCCCGGAGGUGGCACUUCAUUCAAUGGUACCGCGGGCGCCAAAUACAUGUCCCUCGAGAUGAAGAAGUCGUCAUGCGGCGGCAAGGCCCCCUACACGCUGGCCAUGUUCGACACCAUCAUCAACCAACCCAUCUUCGCCAACGGCUCAACCUGCGAUCAGCAGAUCCGCCUCUUCAACACCUCCGUCACCACCGGAGCCUUCGAGCCUGUUCCCGUACGCGGGACGCUCAAAUCGAACCUCGGGCCGUUCCAGACCGACGUUUCGUUCUCCGACGUGGCUGGCUUCCAGGCCGCCACGCCCUUUAUCGAAAACAACUAUCUUCCUUGCGAAAUGUUUAGAGGAUACAACCCUGUUAAGACUACUUGA